UCGGCUAGUACCAGAUACAGGGCUUUAGAAAGUAAACACAUUUCAAAAUUGCGUUUGAAAAACUGCACGUAUGAGACCAAUAUACUGUAGCUAAUGGAAGUGCACAAUGGGUACAUUCAUGAAAUGAUGGGUAAAACCACUUUAAGGAAAUCUUGUUUAUUUCAGGUGAAAGCAGCACAAUGCUUCUGUUUUGGAUUAUGUCCUCUGCUGCCUAUCUGAUGGCCCCUGUUACCCUUGAAAGCCGUGGUCUCCAGUUGAAAGUUGACACCACAUCACUGAACAGAAGCUCUUUCAGGACUGCUUCUCCCAAGCAGUCGCAUAUAGUACAAGAGGGCAGGCUGGUUAACAUCCUUGCAGGGCAUCAGAGGAAGGACAUGGGUCUUGGCAAGCAGAGAAAGAAACGGCAAGGAAGAACAUUGGACAAAAAAUACUUCUACACUUCAACUGCACCUCCCACAACAACUUCUGAAACCACUACCAAUCCCACUGGAUCUGCUGGGCCCAUCAUUUAUCCAACCACAAUAUUUCUAACCAGCCCUGCUUUUCAAAUGACUGACUCCCCUCCAAGCCUCAAUGAUACUGUAAUUUAUUACAUCAAUGAGACCCUCUGUCCAGAUAAUGCCAACUUGUUCGAUUGCAUCGGUUUCAACACAACUGAAAGCCGUGAGGACAUCUGCUUUUACUUCCAAAAUAGUAAGACAAUCAACUGUGAAGAUGCCAGGCUUGAGAAGGUGCCGAAUGCCAUCCCUUCAGAGACAAAGAACAUGAUGCUGAUGGGAAACCAUAUAUUGAAAAUAAACACCAGGACAUUUCAGAGGUUUAAGAGUAUUGUUUCCCUGGACCUGUCCUACGGCUGGCUGCACGAAGUAGAAGGGAACACAUUCACUUACAUGCACACUCUGGAGCACCUGACUCUUCAGCAGCACCACUCUGUGCUAAUCGUGGGAUCCCAGGCCUUCUACCCACUUUAUAAGCUGAAGUCUCUGAGAAUCGGCAAAAUCCAAACACAAGACAUGAAGACUAUAUUCUUUGAUCUACGAAAUAGCCAUCUGGAUACUCUGGGUCUGUACAGAAUAGAUUUUGAGACAAUGAGGAAGCCCAUGUUUGAGGACGUUGGCCAGUGCCCCCUGAAUACCUUGGAAAUAUUUUCCUCAUCCAUAAACCUGAUAGAUGACUCUGCCUUUUCUGAUCUGCAGAACCUGAGAGAGCUUCUGGUGAAAGAGUCCUCAAUAAAAACUGUUCACCCGAAUGCUUUGAUGAAACUGCAUGCCCUUGAGUGCUUGACCCUAGAGGGGUGUUCGCUGGACCAGAUCCCAUCUGGUGUCCUGGACUCCCUGACCAACCUGCAGGUUCUUAAUUUAAGAAGAAACAUGCUGCAGACCCUCCCAGCAGAGCUGUUCAAAUACAAUGGGAAGUUGCUCCACAUCGACCUCAGUCUCAACCGUCUCCAGACUCUGCCCGAAGGCAUCUUCAGACUCUUCCCGUCCACUCUUUAUGUGAACCUCACUGGGAACUAUUUCACUUGCGACUGCAGCCUGGCCUGGGCUUCUUUCUCGGUGAAGUCCCUGGGAAACACAACCAAUGCAGAGGAUUUCAUGUGCUUCGCCCCUGUAGAGCUUCGUGGCAAGCAUUUGAAGGAUUUUAAUCCCAUAUGCAUUCCUGAAUAUGUAUGGUAUAUUCUCAUAGUCAUCCUCGGAAUGACUGUCUUGUCGACUGUGGUUGUCCUGCUUUAUGUGUACCGUUGGAAGAUCUACUAUCAGUGGUACCUGCUGUUGUCCAAGAGGAAAGACACAGAAGUCUGGGAGAACAACCCCAGGUUUAAGUAUGAUGCUUUUGUUGCCUACUGUGAGAGGGAUUUUGAAUGGGUAAUCCACGAGUUGAUUCCCAACCUAGAGAACAACGCCGGUCUUCCGAACUUGAAGCUGUGUGUGUCGGACAGAGACUGGGACCUGGGAGGCAACAUCCUGGACAACGUGGAGAGCAGCAUUCAGAGAAGCAGGAGGACCAUCUGCGUGAUAUCCACGAACUUCCUGAAGAGUGAGUGGUGCAAGCUGGAAAUGAGCCUGGCACACAUGCAGCUCUUCUCAGAGAACAGAGAUGUCUUGGUUUUCAUAUUCUUGGAGAAGAUCCCUAUUGAAAGGUUGUCCCAGCACCAGAAGCUCCGCAGGGAAAUGUGUAAGAAAUCCUGCCUCGACUGGCCGGGAGGAGAAACAACUGCUCAGAAAGUCUUCUGGGAGAAACUCAGAUCUCUCAUUUUCAAAAACACUGUGGUCCAACAAAUUUAAACUAAAUGAAAAAUCUAUGGUGGAAACGAUUAACAGUGGAAAAAAAUAAAAGUAUUAUGAGAAUUUAUUUUGUGAUUCUGACAUAACACAUUUUUUAUUUGAUUAUUUUCCAUAUCCAUGCCAUCAUAAAAAUGCUGCAGUAGCACUUUAUUUAUUAUGUUCCUUUGUCAAGGUUAAUUUAUCAGGAACUAAGCAACACCAGUGUAACAGUAAGCCUGAACAGCUUUACUUCAAGGAAGACUUCUUGACAAACCGUGAUCCGGACUCCUUGGCCCUUCAAAGGUCCGGAAGGGCUAAUAGGACCAUAGUAAAAAGAUAUUUAGGAAAAUGUAAGAUUUCAGACAAAAUAAGUAAUAAAGAAUUCAUAGAAAUUAAGAAAACAUUAAAUAAACAUAUCCCAACAAAUCAGUAAUAUAUAAAAUAACAUUAAGAAUAACUGAAACUAACUAAAUUGAAGCCCUCAUCCACCUUAACAUAACAGAUCUAAAGACUAAGACUAAUGCAUGCCUUUGUUUCAUCUAAAAUUGAUUAUGUAAUGCACUUUUUUCUGGUGUCCCAAAACGUGUGGUAUCCCACUUGCAGCUUAUUCAGAAUACCGCCACUAGAAUUCUGACUAAAACCUGGAUUUGCUGUUAACUUACAAGACCCUGAAUGGAUUAGCACCUAGUUAUUUGCAGGAGUUAUCUCCAAACCGCACUCUGAGAUCAUAGGAUGCGGGGCUGCUGGUUAUUCCUAGAGUCAACAAAAGCAACACAGGAGAGAAGGCUUUUUCUUGUAGAGCUCCCACAUUAUGGAAUGCUCUGCCUUUGUUUGUCAGGGAAGCUGCUAUGUACUGUACAGUGCUUUGCAAUACUUUUGUAUAAGAAGCGCUAUAUAAAUGCAAUAAAGAAAUCAAUAAAGAAGUAAAGUAACACUGAUGUGCUUUAUACCUUGGAUUACGGAGGCAAAACCGGCAGGGACUGUGUCUCCUCAUCACGCUACAGCAAACCCUGCUGGCCGGGUGCCCAGUGAGCUCAAAGGCAAAACAUCUGCAAGGCUGACCCUUUGACUUCUAGAGGUCAUAUCUGCUGUCAAGUUCCUUGGUGAAAAAGGAAGCUGGCUUAGUCGUGAGAUCGGGAGACGUCCACUGAACCUUCAGGUCUCCUGAGCCACGUGGGGAAUUGCUGCGGUGACAGGAAAAGCAAUUGGGCAUUCCAGAUUGGGAGGAAAAUAAUAAUUGGACACACUAAUAAAUCUGUGCAUGUGUGUGAUUAGAUAACAGAUAACUUACCAUAUACAUGGUAGUUUAAAAGUUGUUCUAGAAAUAAUUAAGGUACUUCCUCUGUCUGAUUGCAUCCAGUACAGUUUGAUUUGUCGUUAGGAAACUAUAAAAGAGUUCCUAUUGUAAUUUUGGUAACUUAUAGCUUUGAAGUAAUUUUAGAGAAUGUCUUAGAUGUAAAACUAUACUAUAGUACUGGAAAAUAUCUUCAAUAGGAAACUACAAAAGAGUUACCAUUGAAAUUUGUAACGGUGCUACUAAAAUAAAUACAUUUGGGGUGCCAGGAAGGGAAAUACCCUUACCAAUAGAAAAGUAAUCAAAACAAACAAUAACAGAAA